CCAUUUCUUCAUCAAAUAACAUCAAAUAAGCUUUCAUCACUUUACGUGUCCAAAAUUUCUCAAAACUACAACACCAUGGCUACUCCAUAUCUUUUUUCACACUCUCUACCAUUUAUUCUUCUUCUUCCUCUGCUUUGCUCUUUCAUGGUUACGGUCUUUGCCGCUAACUUCUACCAAGACUUUGAUAUAACUUGGGGUGAUGGUCGUGGUAAGAUUCUAAAUAAUGGCCAGCUUCUUACUCUUACCCUCGACAAAGCCUCUGGCUCUGGUUUCCAAUCCCAGAAUCACUACCUCUUUGGAAAGAUUGAUAUGCAAAUCAAACUUGUUCCCGGUAACUCAGCCGGCACAGUCACUGCCUAUUAUUUACGCUCAGAAGGUUCAUCUUGGGAUGAAUUAGACUUUGAAUUCUUGGGAAACUUAAGUGGUGAUCCAUAUAUAGUUCAUACCAACGUUUACACACAAGGGAAAGGAGACAGAGAGCAACAAUUCUAUCUCUGGUUCGACCCAACUGCUGAUUUCCAUACAUACUCUGUUCUCUGGAAUCCCCAACACACUGUUUUCUAUGUUGAUGGGACUCCACUUAGAGAGUUCAAGAACUUAGAAUCAAUUGGGGUGAAGUAUCCCAAGAAUCAGCCAAUGAAGAUAUCUUCUAGUCUCUGGAAUGCUGAUGACUGGGCUACAAGAGGUGGUCUUAUCAAGACUGAUUGGAGCAAAGCUCCUUUUACUGCUUCGUACAGGAACUUCAAUGAUGAUCAAGCUUGUAUUUGGUCAUCUGGGUCUUCUUCUUGCAACUCAAAAUCAAAGUCCAAUGGUACAAGUUUUUUGCUCUCUCAGGAAUUGGAUUCCAGUAGCCAACAGAGGCUUCAAUGGGUGCAGAAAAACUACAUGAUUUACAAUUAUUGCACGGAUACUAAACGAUUCCCACAGGGUCUUCCUCCUGAAUGCACUGUUGUGAAGAAAUCCUAGGUGGUGUGAAAUCUUUGAUCCUUUGUGCAUGCCUUAAGCUAAUUAGUUCCCAUCAUAUGUGAAGGACUUUUAUUAAAGUAGGAGAUAUAAUUCGUUAAUUUGUUUUCUUAAUUUGGAUGUUACCCCCCAAAAAAAAAAAAAAAAGAAAAAAAAAAAUAGUUGUUUGUGUAAUAUAAUAUCGCUCUCAUCUUGUAAUAUAUUGUAUAAUAAGGUAUAAGUUCAUGUCAAAAGGUUUCUAUUUGGCUUUUCAA